GUCUGAAUUGCGAGUGAUCGUAGAUUCAAUUUAGGAGCGAUUACUUGCGUUGGAGCAGAAAUUUUUCUUUGGAUGAAAACGAGAGAUCUCAUUUACUUCCUUCCUUGUUGAAAUGACGCGGACAUGUCCGCACUGUGGUUCUUCCGACAUCGAUGAAGAUGCUGCCAGAGGAGAUGCUACUUGUAUGGCAUGUGGAACUGUACUGGAAGAGUCUAUUGUGGUGUCGGAGAAUCAAUUUCAAGAGCGAGCUGGUGGAUCCGGACAUACUUUAGUUGGUCAGUUUGUUUCCGCAGAGCGAGCACAGUCACAGGCUCGGUCGGGAGGUUUGGUUUCCCAAGAAUCACGAGAGGUCACUUUUGCGAAGGGACGUAAGCUCAUUGAAGAAAUUGCUAGUCAACUCCGCAUCAAUCAACAUUGCAUCGAUACUGCCUACAAUUUCUUUAAGAUGUCUGUCAGUCGCAAUCUUACUCGUGGUCGCGUCAGAUCUCAUGUUGUUGUUGCUUGUUUAUAUAUGACUUGUCGUUUGGAAAAUACGGCGCAUUUGUUGCUUGAUUUUAGCGAUGUUACUCAGGUGAAUGUGUUCGAUCUCGGUCGUACCCUCAGUUUUUUGUCGCGAUCGUUGCGAAUCAAUCUGCCAUCGACUGAUCCGUGCCUGUAUGUAAUGCGAUUUGCUUGUUUGUUGGAGUUUGGAGAUAAACAAAAAGAGGUGGUUAAUCUAGCCACGCGAUUAGUGCAACGCAUGAAGCGCGACUGGAUGUCUACUGGACGCCGACCAACGGGACUUUGCGGUGCAGCUUUGCUGCUAGCGGCAAGAUCAUUCAACUUCAACCGAACUAUCGGUGAUGUUGUGAAAGUAGUGCAUAUUAGUGAGACUGUAGUGAGGAAAAGGUUGGAAGAGUUUAGUCAGACUCCAUCCGGCAUGCUUACUAUCGACGAGUUUUCCACCAUUGACUUGGAGCACUGCGAAGAUCCUCCGGCAUUUCGGGAGGCCAGGAGAAAGGCGCGUGAGGAGCAGUUAGCCAAAGAAGCUGAAAUGGCUGCUAGAAUGGAAAAAGAGAUAAUUCCCAUCGAGGAGGAGCUGGAGCGAGCUUUGGAAAAGAAAAGAAGAGAAAAGUUCAAACAAACGCGUUAUGCUAAAAUAGUAGCUGGUGAUCUAGAAGAUUCAGAGGUGGGAACAGCUGAAGAAGCUUUGCUUCGCGAUGAAGUUGUAGAUACUGUGUUCCGAGCUGUGGACGAAGAAGAAGAAGAGAGAAGCAACGAAACGAACAGCUACAGUAAAUAUGCUCCUUCUUUGCAAUCGCUUGGAAUAACGCAAGCACCAGCUAAUGGCAUUGCGAGGACCUACGCACCACUGCCGGCACAAGAUACUCCAGACGGUUCACUUGAUCUUACAGGUAUUGAUGAUGACGAAAUAGAUACUUAUAUUCUAACAACGCGGGAAUCCGAAAUGAAGGAAAGGUUUUGGAUGAAACUCAAUGGCGAGCAUCUGAAGGAGAUGGAGAGAAGGCGAAAGGAGCGUGAGGAGGAAGAGGAAAGAGAAAAGGAUAAUCCAACGAAGAAAAAGCGGCGUCGUCCGGUACCACAAAGAAAGAGUCUCUCUUCAAACACCGCUAUCGAAGCAAUGGAAAAGAUUAUACAUGAAAAGAAACUAUCAAACAAAGUCAAUUAUGACAUUCUGAAAGAGAUUGAGCAAACGGCCAGUGGUGUUGAUGGGCUAGAGAGAGUAAAGAGCCAAGUAAUCGAGAAUGUCAACGAACUUGUUUCGACACUAGGCAUGGACAAGAUGAUGUCUGAAAGCGCCUCACCCACUCUGAGUCGAGUUAUAACGAGCCCCAUAACGCCCGAAAACAUGACCCGAAGGGAACGAGAAAUAAGUAGGCGCAAUAAACCGCUGAAGGAUCCGUCAGCGCUCAAAGUUGCCCUCAAAAUCGAAUCGACCAUGACGAAUGAAACUGAUUCGCAGUCGCAGGAUUUUAAGAAACCUAUACCUCUCAGCCGCGCACGAUAUGGUCGAUUGGUUCGUCCAAAUCUGGCUACUGCAGGUCUGCACAGGUCUGCAGUCAGCGCUUCAUCAGAUACUGUUUUGGCGAAGAAAGGAGAUGUGGAUUCUCCGACGUCAUCAAUAUCCUUAAAGGCAGAAAUGUUUGCUGAUAACAAACAUCAUUCACUAAUUUGUGAUGAUGAAGGAUUUAGUGCUAGUGAUCAGGAUGCGGCUAACGCAGAAACUCCAUUUGAUACCAGCUCUCAACCUUCGGACGAACCUUGCGAUGCUAUGCAGUCAACUUCAGCAGACCCGCCGAGCGAUAAGGUGGCGAACCCUUCACAAGAUUCUCAUAUGGUGAAUCGUGACCAAGUAGAGCGCAUGACAGCGCAUACGGAUGAACUUAUCAAUCCACUGUCUUCCGAAGAAAUUGCUCCUGCUAAUGAUGUGUCUUUGGCGCCUACGCUCAAAAAAUCAGAAAGAGCAUCGGAGAAAACUGUUGAAUUAGUAAGAAAGCUCUCUCGGAAAGGUCGACCGCCUCUCAUAAGACCCAAAGCAGAAAACCAUGCCAAGGAGCAUGUCAAUAUAGAGAUGCUGAAGGAGUCUAUGAGCACGAAUGAGGACAUGACAGUUUCGCAAGGAGAUGGUACCCAGCAGGCUAUAGCAGCAACGGCAUCUGCCGUAAGUAGUGGCCACCUACUAAGACGUGGCAAAAGAUCCUUCAAACCAGCAAUCCUGACAUCCAAGGCAGAAUCUGGUCUUGAUACUCAGAAGGAGCCCGAAGAUCAUGCAGAGACUGCUGAGGAAGGUGGUCAGAAUGGAGUGUUGCUACGACGUGAUCGAAGACCUAUGAUAAAGCCAAAGGCGGUGGUUCCAUCCAACGAGAAAGUCGUGAGCAAUAACAACGCAAGCAGAAACAAUACUGCCACCGAUUCUAAUCCCGCUGAACUAGCAAGUACGAAGUCGAAGAAAUCUGUGGAAACAGUCCUAUCUCCGCCAUGCAAGAAGCCUGCUCCGCAAUCCACUGAGAGCUCUGAACCAGUCACUCUCAAACGACCAAAACCACUUUCUCGCCUAUCAAGAAGUUCCUCAAAACAGUAGAGUAUCCUUCAUAUGCAAUUGUUUCGUUGAGAUUUUUGUUGAUUUUGUUAUAUGCAAACGGACCCAGUCUGUUGAGUCUUUAGUAUGUUUUACCAGAGACAUUUAAUAUACUUGUAUAGUUAUGCGUAUUAUGAUCUCGCUAUUGGCUUAGUCUCAGCAUAUGCAUACUGUUUGUUUCCCCAGCGGUGUUAAUCCAAUCUAAGGACGCACUGCUGUUUCCGUUGUUAUGUCAUGAUGUUAUACCAAUUAUUGUUACAUAAGAACACAGAAUAAUAAUACUUCAUCGUAAUGUCCAGGCAAUGCUGUUUGUAUCAUCAGACAAAUUUAUUAGCUAGAGCGAGAACCUUCGCAAAUUGUGGCUUAUCCUUUUUCUCCAAGAGUUUUACAGGAAUCGGUAUAGAAAUUCGAUUUCCAAGUGGGUUACCUGUAUCACAC